AUGGACCCCACCAAAGGACCUGAACCAUGUGUCGUCUGUGGAGACAACGCCACGGGCUUCCACUAUCGUGCCAUGACAUGUGAGGGAUGCAAGGGCUUCUUCCGUCGCUCAGUGCAAAAAAAGCUGAAGUACACAUGCAAAUUCAAUGGCCAGUGUUUCGUCGGCAAUAAGCAGAACCGGAAUAGUUGCCAGAAAUGCCGAUUUGACCGAUGCCUCAAAGCUGGCAUGGCAACGGAAUGUAAGCUGUCCAUCGAUUCAUUUAUACCCAUCACAAAUCAAUCAAUGGAACGAAGCCACGUAUAUCUUUAG